AGCCGGGCCGCAACGAGUCGCCUGCCCGGCAGCGCGGGGGACCCUCGGUUUCCUCCCCAGAGCCCAGGCCUGAGAACCUCACUGCGUUAGCACUUGGCACUCUGUCCCAUCCAAGUUCAAGUAACGUGCCUCCUGAGCAUCCUGAAACUUGAAUCUCAUUACCUAGCCAAGGAAGAGAGAAGUCCCUAGUUUCAGCAGAUUCUAAGACUCUGGUAUAUAAUAGGAGUAAAGAAGGUGAACUAAAAAGGGGAAAAGAGACACAAGAAUGUCAGGCAACAAAGAAAGGAAGAGUCAAGGAGCUCCUGAAGAAGCUCUGGCUAAACAAGACACAUCUUCAUUAACUGAUGCUGUCGAGCAAGUUGCACAGCAACAACAAUCACAAACAUCAGAAAUAGAAAAAAACAAAAAAGUUCUGUUCCAUUUGCAGAAUGAACUUCAUGAGCUUAAAACACAAAUAGCAUCUGUCUCUGAAGAAACUAAAGAAACAGAAAGGCAAAUUUAUCAGCAAGAUGCUGCCAUACAGAAUACCAGACUUCAGUGUGGAAACCUGGAAAAUCAAAUCAAAUCCUUACAUACAGAAAAUGUGAAGCUUAAAUUUGACAUAGAGGCAGCACAAGAAGAUUUUGAGGAACAAAUGAUAAGAUAUAAUGAAUACUAUGCAAAAAUAAAAGCACAUAAAGAUAGUUUGAGAGAGGUAGAGAGCAAAUGGUCAUUCAUGACUGAACUCGAUGAGAAACGAGACCUUGUUAAAAAACUAAAGACAAUGAAAGAGGAACUUAUGCAGGAUCUCCAAAAUCCAGAAGGAAACCUGAUGAAACAAGUACAGGAAGACAUUACAAACCUAAAGGACAAAAUUAUAACUGUAAAAGAAUCCAUCAUUGAAAAAACUUGUUUUCUUGAGGAAGAAAAAAAGACACAUGAAAAAUUAAGAAAAGAAAUAGAGGUACAGCAUAAGAGAUACGGUGCAAUUCUUAAGCGUUUGCACUGUCAGGUGAACAAGCUUCAGUCAAAGAGAAGACAAUGGCAAUGGAACAUUCAACAGCUGGAAAAAACUGCAGCUGAACUGAGAAAAUGCAUUGGAACGAAAGAUUAACAUGGCCAUAUGGUAAUGUAGUAUAGGGUAAUGCUGAGCACAGACUAUGCCACAAAAAUUACGGGAUAGAAAGGUGAGAAAAUCCUUUGGGUCUUAACAACCGACAUCCACUAUCAGAGGGCUCUCUUAAUGACAGAUAUGUUUUCUUUUCUUUGAAUCAGUCAUCUGUUUGCUGAAAUGCCUUCCAACCCGAUAAUUGAUAGCAAUAGAGAGACAAUAGGAAGGCUCACAGAAGAAUAGUGAAAGACUCUGUAUGAAUAUUUUGAGUGUAUAAGAUAUAUUGUACUCAUGAAUGCCUGUUUAUAAACAUGUUGCCUUCACUAGCACAUGAAGCAAAAAUUUAGAAGAAAAGAAGCAUUUGAAUUUACAAUGAUUUAAAUUGUUAAGAUAUUUUAAAUGGUUGUCUGUUUCAAACUACCUGCUUUUUUACCCCUGGCUUCAAAGCAGUCCAUAAAUGUUGACAUUUAUAAUAAGGUUGUUAUGUGUUCAAGGCUUCAGAUAUUUACUUAGUUUUUCUCUUUUAUCCAGAAGGUAACAGUCAUUUUUCUUUGCUGUUGGAUAACAUAUUUUUAGAGUGUUGCAAUGUAUACAAUUUUUUGUUCACUUUUCUGUCUGUAUGUUCUUUCUUACUAUUCUAUAGCUAAAUUGAAUUUAUAACAUCAUGUAAGGCAAACAUACCAGCUCUUAAUGUUAACCAAUGUAGACUAACAUAUAUUCUUUCUCAUUGAAAGUCAUAUACUAUGUCCACAGCAACAAACUUGUGCCUUUUAGAAUAAACGCACUCCUUCUUGUG